AGCAAUGCAUACUAAACCGCCAACCUAUCGGAAACGUUCUAGUUUGCUGUCCCUUAUUUGCCAACCAACACAUGUCAGCUUCCAGUAGGAUCACGGGUCUGUGUCGAUGUAUGCUGGGGACUAUAAGACAUGCUGGGGGCCAGUCUGCGGGAGGCAGCUGCUGCCUUUAGACUCGGACAACUGACCCCAACAGAGUUAUGUCAGAGGUGCCUAUCGUUCAUCAAGGAAACAUCAUUUCUCAAUGCUUACAUAACUAUAACUGAAGAGGUUGCCCUUAAACAGGCAGCAGAAGCAGACGAGCGCUUCAAGCAAGGUAAGCCCCUUGGCAUCCUAGAUGGAAUUCCCAUUGCCAUUAAAGACAACUUUAGCACCAAAAAUAUAGAGACAACAUGUGCAUCAAAAAUGUUAAAAGGUUAUAUCCCCCCCUAUAAUGCUACAGUUGUCCAGAGACUUCUUGAUGAAGGAGCAGUGCUUACGGGAAAAACAAAUAUGGAUGAAUUUGCUAUGGGGUCUGGCAGCACGGAUAGCAUAUUUGGACCAGUGAAGAAUCCAUGGAGCUAUUCAAAGCAAUACAGAGAGAAGAGAAAAGACUGUUGUCCUGAUAGCGACGUAAAUUCUGAUUGGGUGAUAACUGGAGGAAGUUCAGGAGGCAGCGCUGCUUCUGUGUCAGCAGGAACGUGCUAUGUGGCUCUGGGAUCAGAUACUGGAGGAUCAACCCGGAACCCAGCAUCCCACUGCGGUAUAGUGGGCUUGAAACCAACCUACGGGCUUGUGUCUCGCCAUGGACUUAUCCCAUUGGUAAACUCAAUGGAUGUACCUGGUAUUUUAACAAGAUGUGUGGAUGAUGCAGCAACUGUGCUAGGUGUACUUUCUGGACACGAUCAACAAGACUCAACGACAGUCCAUGAUCACUUCCAGCCAUUCACUCUUCCAGAUGUGAUAGAUGUGACUAAUCUCUGUGUAGGAAUUCCAAAGGAAUAUCAUGCCCCUGGAUUAUCUUCAGAAGCCCUUUCUCUCUGGUCAAAAGCUGCAGAUUUAUUGGAGGAUGCUGGAGCCAAGGUGGUUGAGGUUUCGAUGCCUCACACGCGCUACUCUAUUGUUUGCUACCAUGUUUUGUGCACAGCUGAAGUAGCUUCAAAUAUGGCUCGAUUUGACGGACUGGAAUAUGGGCAUCGAGCUAAUGUCAAAGACUCGACAGAAGCCAUGUAUUCUGCAACCAGAAGAGAAGGAUUUAAUGAUGUCGUAAGGGGCAGAAUAUUAUCUGGAAACUUCUUCCUUCUGAAACAAAACUAUGAAAAGUAUUUUCUGAAGGCUCAGAAAGUGCGACGUUUGAUAGCAGAUGACUUUGUGAAUGUCUUCAAAUCUGGUGUAGAUGUCUUACUUACUCCAACCACGCUAGGAGAUGCAACUCCCUACUUAGAGUUCAUCCAAGAGGAUAACAGAACUCGCAGUGCCCAGGAGGAUGUGUUUACACAGUGUGCCAACAUGGCUGGUGUUCCUGCAAUAACCGUUCCUGCGGGCAUUUCCAGUCGAGGACUGCCACUUGGCCUUCAGUUCAUUGGACAGGCCUUUUGUGAACAACAGCUUCUCAGCGUCGCAAAAUGGUUUGAAAAACAAACUGACUUCUGCCCCUUAGUGUUUCAUAAAAAUCGUGAAAAUGGACACUUAGUUAAGAGACACAGUAAAUCUGCUUCUUCACUGUAGUCAAUAAAAAGUAUGAGGUUAAAACUGUG